AUGGAUGGCUCUUCUGAUCACUCCCAUGACUCUACUUGCAGUGCCAGGGCUCGUGAUUUGGAGGGAUUGGCAGAAUCCUUUCAGAAGUAUCUCAAGUCCAAUGGAAUGAUCCAAGACAGAAAGACAGUCCUCCUGAAAACUGUCUCCAAGUGCUUUACAGGAAGUCAAGCUGUCUCAGCCCUCCAAACAGUCAUGACUCAGCAGCUCCAGGAUCGUUCUUCCAACUUGAAAAUUACGAGAGAAGCUGCCUUGAUGGCAGGCAAUUCCAUGGUCAAGUACUUUCACCUUUUCAAGCAUGCCAACUGUUCCAGCAAUUUCAGUUCCAACAUUGAAACCACACUGGAAGACUCUGAUGCGGAAUUCUACCAGUUUGAUCACAACUUGCCUUGCCAAGUGCGCAGCAUGAAACGCCAGUAUCCAUCCUACUGGGACAAGGUCAGACUCCUAGAGCAACACGUAGAAGUCAAGGAUCGACGAUACAUGCUUUGUGUCUUUCCCAACUGCUUUGUAGCCAGCGAAGCCGUUGAUGUCAUGAUGGAUCUCAAGCUUGUCAGAAGUCGCAUUGAUGCCGUUCAUCUCAUGGGAAAACUCAAUCAAAAAGUGUUUUGUUGUGAACACGUCACCAAUGACCAUGAAUUCAAAGACGAAUACUUAUUUUUUCACUUUAUAGCUCCCGAAGAACGCAUGCCAGAACCUGCCAGGAAAACAAAAAGUGGCAGAUCAAAGUCUCCUAAUAAGACUAAGCGAAGCAUCAGAAGAUGCAAAAGCAAGGAAUGGGAAAGAUUUAGAGCCAAAAGUCCUCUGGCUCAGAAUCAAGUCCAAAAGGAGCCGAAGGAAGAGAAAGACGUGGACCCCCUGAGAGAUUCGGUGACUAGCUUGCCUAAGCAAAAAUGGAUGUGA